AUGGUUGAUGACAACAGUAACCGGGCUACGGGCGAGAUCACACCCUCCACUGUGCCAAUCGUAUCGAGCAUCAGCUCAAAUCGAUUACACGUCAUUAUCGCUGGACUAUGGCUUUGUCUUUUUUUAUCUGCCUUAGACACUACCAUCGUCACGACCGCGCUCAUCAAAAUUUCAAGCGAUUUUGGUGCUCUGGAGCAGGCAGCGUGGCUGAUUACCGCGUAUCUACUCACAUAUAAUUCGUUCUUGAUGAUCACAGCAAAGCUGAGCGACAUUUGGGGCCUCAGGAGUCUCCUUUUACUUUGCGCGUCAAUCUUCCUGGUAUUCUCCAUGGCUUGUGGUGGAGCACAGACAAUGACUCAACUAAUCGUGUUCCGCGCUUUCCAAGGCAUUGGAGGGUCUGGUCUCUACAGCUUGACAUUCGUCACCAUCAUGAAGAUGAUUGUACCUGAGAGGAUUGGUUUCUACUCUGGCAUCGUAAGCUCAGUAUUUGCUUUGGCAAACCUGUUAGGGCCUUUACUCGGUGGUGUCAUCGCUGAUCGAACAACUUGGAGAUGGAUAUUCUUCAUGAAUGGCCCCAUUAUCGGUGUCGCAAUGGCAAUAUUGUUCUUCUCGAUGCCUGCAUUCGACGACGGUAGGACGAAUCUGCAACGCAUACGCCAUUUGGACAUAUAUGGUGGCAUCUUGUCUGUCUGCUGGCCUAUACCUCUCAUCUACGCCCUUCAGGAAGCCGGUGUGUCGCGUUCCUGGGGCAGUGGUGUUAUCGUCGGACCACUGGUAGCUGGGAUCGCUCUCCUGGUACUCUUUGGGUUGUAUGAGUUUUGGAUAUCGUCCAAGAAACAGAAAGCUUCCAUCUUUCCUGUGCAAUUUCUUCGGAAUGCACCCAUGGCGUUGACUUUGUUAAGCCAGUUCCUCUUAGGAUUCGCCUUCUACGUUGUCUUCGUUCAGCUGCCACAACGCUUUCAGGGAGUAAACUUUACAAGCGCGGAGCGUGCCGGGAUUCUUCUGCUUCCUGCUACCGUUGUGACUCCAAUCGGUGCCAUGGCGUCUGGACUAGCAGCGAAGAAAGCACCAGUUGAGAUUGUUUUGAUCUGCUCGAUCGCGAUCGUAUGCGUCGGUAUCGGACUUCUUAGUAGUUUGCCGACGUAUUCCCACCUAUGGCCUGGACUGUAUGGUUAUGAAAUUGUUACUGGCCUUGCUUUGGGUCUUGCAAAAAAGGACAUCGCUGUCGGUACUGGAGCACUCAACAUGGUGCGGACGCUUGGAGGAUGUGUCGCCGUCGCCAUCUGUUCUGCAAUCCACCGCGAGCAUUUGAACACAGGGUUGUCCGAUUUUUUGAGUCGCGGGGAAAUCAGGGAGAUGCAAAGUUUGACGUCGUUGACUGCACACUUACCGGACGCUGUGAGGGAUCGUGUUGGUGUUGUGUUUGGUAAAAGUUACAACAGGCAGUUCCAAGUCAUGCUGGCGUUUACAGGACUCAAUAUCAUCGUCGCGGUCAUUUUAGCCAUCGUUCGAAAGAGAUCCGAGGCUAAAAUCGACCAGAGCGGGCCUGCAUCGAGUGGAGCACUGGCUCAAGAUACUUGUGAGAAACAGGCUCCUGAAAUCGCGGCUACACACAGACCGGAUGAUAACGCGGGCGCGUGCCUUGGAAAACAAUGA